AUGCCGCUGGAACGCGCAUCAGACUUUGCCGCUCAUGUGGCUCAUUACCUUUGGUUUACCGAUCUCCAGAACACUCCCUUCUGGAACUUCGAUUCCUGUCAACCCCGCACUCAAUUCAAAAAGUUCUGUCGCGACGUAGUAAAUGCCACCCAAGUCUCCCAUUCCGUAAUAGCUCUCUCUCUACUAUACAUUUACCGAAUGAAAAUAAAAGUCCCCCCCAUACAGGGACAUCCUGGCUCCGAAUUCAGAGCAUUCACAGUCGCAUUGAUGCUUGCCAACAAGUUUCUCGACGACAACACAUAUACAAACAAAACGUGGUCCGAAGUCACGAAUAUCCCCGUAAAAGAGAUCAACAUUAUGGAAAUGGAAUUCCUCAGUUCGCUAGACUUUUCCUUGUUCGUCUCGCUCGACGAUUACUACAACUGGGUCUAUUCCAUUGACGCUCACAUUCCCAACAACGACGACUCGAUGAACGACGAUUCCAAUGCUCCCGACUGUGCAAUUCCUAUUCCCCAAGCAAUAGACUACAACCUGCAAGUUCAAUCUCAAAACAUCGUUCCCAUAUCACAACCCCAGCAAUUGGUCUCCUCAAUGGUAUGCACGUCUACCGCAUUACCCAUGGAAACCAUGCAACAAUCUUCUGCUGUCUCGACGAGUUACAAACGAUCCGUUGAUCAAGCAUUCGUCGAUGGGAUAAUAACGUCUCCGCCAAAGAGAUCCAACGCGAGCUCGAAUUAUUCCACAGUGACAUUGCCAAAUAAUUAUUUUCCAGCGUCAGUAAACGUACAGUCGUCGAAUAACGGGCUCGUAUAUGGAAAUACGACAAUGUACGAUUUCCAACAGAGCUACGGGAAUGCACCGUCACAAUACACUUUGGUCGAUCCUGUGAGCGUAUUAUAUACGGCAAGUAGAAGAAUGUCGCUGUAUAAUGUGCGUGCAUCGGCACUUCCGAUUAAUGCAAUCUCAUUUCAAACGGCCGUGAAUGCCAUCUAG